AUGCUGCGGCAUUGGGGCACCAUGGCGAAGGUCUGUGAGGAGGCGCUUCCUUUGCAUGCCGCGCUGAACGCAUGGCUGUACACCGAUGUCCCGGGCGGCGACCUGUUGUCACUCGGGCGGCACCGACGAGGGCGGCCCCAGAGCUGCAGAUCGGUUGGGAGGCUAAGCUUUUGGGGACAGAAAACCGAAAAACGCCCGUCCUUUUGCGCAGUUGCGCGCCUGGUUGGCAGCGGUCUUUUACCUGAGCAGAACGCCACAGGCCUAGCGUCUCUCGGGCGUCUCUCGCGGACUGCUCCGGAGCUGAGGCUGGAUGACGUGCUCCUGUCCAUCUCGUGGCACCGGCUCCUCUUUUCAGGUGGCAGAUCUUUGGCUUUGGGCAACCAGGCUGGCCCCUGCUUGCAGUACUGCAUCGUCUUCAAGAAGCAUAUGUGCGAGAGGUAUGCCUAUGCGAUCCCCAGCCUCGCUGAGCCCGAGAGCGUGUGGGUCUGCGUGCGCCGGACGGCGGAUGUGGUCGACGAGCGCUGGCGCAUGAAGGGUUCCUUCCCAGACUGUGGACAUAUCGUCCGCGCGAUGCGCGAGCUGCGCUCGCAGUUGCCACUGGGCGUCGGUUUCAGUGCGAAUCUGGGCGGCUGCACCCUGAUGAUGGGUAAAGAUGGUCACCAAGUCUUGGCCAUCGAGGUGGUGCCGAUCUUGGCGAAGCUGCUGGAAGCCUCUGUGCGACGCAACGGUCUCAAAUCUGUGGAGGUCUUGCAGGUGGCGGUCGCCGCCGCGGACGGCCUGCGCGGCGCGCUGCACUGCUCGGAGGGGCACAGCGCGAUCUGCCGCGUGCGCGAGAUCGAGCCGCUCGGAGCGGCGGAGCGGAUGAGCGAGUUCGGUGGGGAGACGGAACGAAGGUGGAAGGUUGAAGAGCCAAGACGUUGGACGCCGGUUGCACAUCUGAACCGAAUUGCUGUAGACUUGGGGUUCAGCGGACGACCCACUUCUGCGGAGGAACCUUCAAUGUCGUUGGACACGAUCCUGGCGGCGCGGAGCUUGGCUCCCUGCGCGGUCAAGAUCGAUGUCGAGGGCAGCGAGCUGGAAGUGUUGAAAGGCGCUCAGCAGACCUUGCAGUUCCAUCCAAACCUCUUUCUGGAGCUCCACCCUUACGAGCUUCGCGAGCGUGGCAGCUCCAGCUCUGAGAUCUUCGAUCUCCUGAUCGCGAACGGCUACGACAUGUUUGAGAGCCCAAGCUGCCAAGACGCUCCUUUGGAUGGACGGGAUCUUUGGCGAGGGAACGGCACCUACUUCAAUGUUCACUGGGCCAAUGCAGAGCCCCUGCCGCGGACUCGCCUACCAGUGAUUCCAGAUCACUGUGCGUGUGUGUCUUGGCAUGUGAUGAGAGGACAUGAACAUGGAGGGACAGACUGA